GGGGGGGGGAGAGAGAGAGAGAGAGAGAGAGAGAGAAGUGGAGCGGGGCUCGAAGGGGGGUGGCCUUCAGCACAAGUUCAGCGCACGGCGAGAAGCUGUCGUCCGACCGAUUUAAAAGGAGGAAAAAAAAGAAGACGAAGAAGAAGAAGAAGAAGAAGAAGGAGCAACACGGACUCUCGUCUGCGACUUUGAGGCGUUGAAGCGCCGCAGCCCACGAAGUGAGAAGAGUCCCGGAAGAAACAUCGGCGGGUCGUUCAUAAUCCCUGUCCGGAACAUGUGGGAGCCUGAGAGAACCGAAGACGAUUAAAGACCAUCCCACUCGGCCACUCGUCUUCCAAUCAGAGCACUUAAUUUGACCGUGGAGAGCCAACAACACAGGGCCCUCAAAGUCUUUUUUCCGGCUUCUUCAGUUGCAUCCAGCCAGCAGGUUUUCACCGCUUGAAAGAGCAUGUUGCCAACGCUGUCCCUCUGCUCCAUCAUCUGGCUGAACCGGGGAAUCAAGCUGAGGAAAUCGCACCAGUCCACCAACACCGGUCAGGUCUGAAACCGCUGCAGCUGCAGACAUAACAGCAGCAGAACGCCAUCUUAUCAACUUUUGAAAAUGCUUCUCAGCUUCGGGUGACUCCCCCUCCUCCCAUCAUUCCCUUGACCCCCUUCCCCCCAAGCCAAACUAAUAUCCAACAUCAGAAUUUAGUGACUCGACAACCGUUUUGGUUUUUGAGGAGGAUUUCCCGUAACCCUGUUGUUGCAGUGGCACAGGCUGCACCCUCUAAUCCUCUAUUCGGUAGCCAUUUUGAUUUUUGUCUCCUCAACAAAAUGGCGGCAGAGGGUUUUCAGUACCAUGCACUAUACACAUUUACCAAGGACCAGGAAGAGGACUUGGACCUGCAGCCUGGAGACGUCCUGACCGUCAGUAAGGCCUCUCUGUUGUCAAUGGAGAACUACCAGGAGGGCUGCGAGGAGCAGCCCGGGUGCUUGGGCUGGCUCCUCGGGUACAACGAGCGCACCAAGCAGAGAGGCGACUUCCCCGGGACUUAUGUUGAGUACGUGGGCCCCGUCAAGAUGGUGCUCCCAUCGAGUCAACCCAGGUCCCAGCGACCACUCCCUGUUGCUCCCAGACCAGAACUAUCUCAAGCUGUGUCUGUGCUGGACCUGAGCGAGCAGUUCACACCGCCAGAGACGGCUCCCCCAGCUCUCAUCAACCUGAUCCAAGCCAUAGAGAAGAGAGGUCUGGACUUUGAGACAUUGUACAGGACAGUUAGCUCCUCAGGCUCAGACAGCCAGGUGUACACCCUGAACUCCGAUAGUGACAUGGGUCAGAAAGACGUGGGUUACCUCUCUGAGUGUGUCCUGCACUACCUGAGAGACCUCCCGUCACCCGUCAUCCCAGCCUGUAUCUACCCUCACCUUCAGACUGUGGUCACACUGCAGAGGAAGGUCCUACAACAGGCAGUCGACGGUGCUGUAGCUGGUAGCCAUGACAGAGAAGUAAGCCUGGUCCUCGAGAGCUCCACCACCGUCCCUCUCCAUCACCGUCUCACCCUGCAAUACCUCCUCACACACCUGGCCAAGGUCACCCAGGUGCAGGCCAGCAAUGGACUGGACACACACACACUGGGAAAGAUCUUCGGACCACUGCUCAUACGGACGGGCCCCUCUACCCCUUGGUUAUCACUUGAUGAUAAAUUCCCUGCCCUUGCGGUGGAGAGGCUGUUGAUAGAGAGAACUAUGGAGCAAGACCUCACUCCUCCAGUUCUCCCAGCAAAGCCAGUCAAGUCAAAAAUGGCACCAUCAGCCAUGACGGACACGAGCAGCCUGCUGAACGAUGCGGAGUGGUACUGGGGGGAAAUCUCCAGAGAGGAAGUGAACGAGAAGCUGCGAGACACUCCAGACGGCACCUUUCUGGUCCGGGAUGCCUCAAGUAAACUGGAGGGCGAGUACACCCUCACCCUCAGGAAAGGAGGGAACAACAAGCUCAUAAAGAUUUACCACAGAGACGGGAGGUACGGCUUCUCGGAGCCUCUCACCUUCCUGUCUGUAGUGGAGCUCAUCAAUCACUACCGCCACGAUUCCUUGGCCCAGUACAAUGCCAAGCUGGACACCAGGCUUCUGUUCCCCGUCUCCAAAUACCAGCAGCUGGUGAAGGAGAACAGUAUCGAGGAGGUGGGAGAGCAGCUGAAGGUUUAUCAUGAGCAGUACCAGGAGAAGAGCCGCGAGUACGACUCUCUGUACGAGGAAUACACACGCACUUCACAGGAGCUGCAGAUGAAGCGCACGGCCAUUGAGGCCUUUAACGAGACCAUCAAGAUCUUUGAGGAGCAGUGUGAGACUCAGGAGCGCUACAGCAAAGAGUCGUUGGAGCGGUUUCAGCGCGAGGGCAACGAAAAGGAGAUUCAAAAGAUCCAGACCAACUCGGAGCGCUUGAAGUCUCGCGUGAAGGAGAUCCACGACAGCAAGCGCAAACUGGAGCAGGACCUGAGACAGCAGGUCUCCGAUAACAGGGAGAUUGACAAGAAAAUGAACAGCCUCAAGCCGGAUCUCAUGCAGCUCCGCAAGAUCAGAGACCAGUACUUGAUAUGGCUGACACAGAAGGGGACAAGGCAGAAGAAGAUCAACGAAUGGCUGGGCAUAAAGAAUGAGGCUGAUGAUUCCUACUCGCUCGAGGAAGACGAGGGCUCACCCCACCACGAUGAGUGUACCUGGUACGUGGGUGACAUCAAACGCACCCAGGCUGAGGAAUUGCUGAGAGGCAAAUGUGACGGAACCUUCCUCAUCCGUGAGAGCCAGUCACAGAAGGGCUCCUACGCCUGCUCCGUAGUUGUGGAGGGUGACGCCAAGCACUGUGUAAUCUACAAGACGGCCACGGGUUAUGGAUUCGCAGAGCCCUACAAUCUAUACUCGUCCCUAAAAGACCUGGUGCUCCACUACAAAAACGUCUCCUUGGUCCAACACAAUGACCAGCUGAAUGUAAAUCUAGCCUACCCAGCCCUGGCCUGCUCUCAGAACCAGAACCAGCAUCCCAGAUGAAUAUGGGAAACAAAAGAUUCACUCAGAUGCAUUGAGGGAGGAGAAUGAAGGUCUGAACAAUGCUUGUCCGUGCGGUUAAAGCUGUGGGUAACAUCGACUCAUCGGCCACCAUUUUAAAUUCAUACUUUUCUGGCUGGAGGCUGGUGCUAAUUUUCCCACACUGACCCUAAGUCCAGCACUGAGCACUCCUCGCUAACAGCAUGGCUUCAAAUAUAAGCACACUGCUAGCAGCAACUAAGCACUGUACAGUUAGCCUGGCUGACGCAGCGAGUUUUACCUUGAGUAGAAUCAUCGAAUUAGCCAGCCAUGACUGUACAGUGUCGGUUAUGUUAUUUUGGAGCGGGUUUUGAUACAGUGGAAAAGCAGGACUAACUGUGUUAAAGGAAGACAAAAGAACCACACAAGAAUAUUGUUUUCAAGAGCGUGAAGAGAAAGGAGAGAUCAGUUUGGAUGGGAUGAUGGAAAAUUUUACAGGAGGCACUUUUCUUUUUUUGUUGUUGCCUUGAACACAUGAUGAGUGUCCACAGACAAAGGCCUGAUCUGUCAUCCCCAGACUGCCUGCAAACUCUCCCUAGACAAAAGCCUGAGCUGUCAUCCACUAAAAAGACUGGCUUGGCUGAACCAGGCUGCUGACAUCACACCUAAAGGCGGUCGUGGACCAGGGGGGUGUAGUCACUGGAGCCUUGGGGGGGGGGGGGGGGGGGUUGAAAAGAUUGAUUCAAUUUUAAAGCUUGCUUAAGUGCCAUAGUAAUAGCUUUGAAUGACCACAAGCCUGUGUCACGAGAACCAGGGGGCACGUCGAGGUCGAAAAAAAGAAGGAAGGAGGAAAAGGACGUCUGUCGACAAUGACAAAGCUACAGCUUUAAAAGACAAAAGAAAAUAAUACACACACAUAUAGGUAUAUUUUUUAUGAAAUUAUCUUUAUUUCCAACUGCUUUGGCUUGUUGCUCAGCAGGACCUCCUCCUCCUGAAUUGAGGAGGUACAACAUACAGUAAAUACUGUAUUUCUUUUGAUAGACACGCAUGCUAAAUAUUUGGUAUAUUGUGAAUAUAGAAAUACGUUUUAAUCACAAUACACUAGAUGAAAAGAUACAUUGAUAGAUGCAGGUCCACAUAAUUCAGGUUCCUGUCUCGAUGGACGUUGUGGAGAAACUCCUGCAUUAAACGUGUCUUUGUUCCAAACUUCUUCCUUCUUUUUUCAUCCUGUUUGAUACUGUAGCACCUGUAGCCAUUGACUUAAGGCAUAACUGUUAGUGCUCCUCUUGGUGUCUCGUCUCUAUAUGCUAAAGACACUCACAGAGCAUCGAUCUUUGUGAUUAUUGUAUCUUCGGUACUGUAUUUGCUUCGUCUCUAGUUAGAUUAGACUGAUUUAGUGGUACAACGUCCUCGCAGAUGUUCAUUUGUUUUUGUUUUUAAAGCAGAUUUUACUCAAGGUACUUCUUCCCCAUUUGUGCUUGACUGUUCAUUUCACCACAAGCUUGACUCAGAGCUGUAGAACAUAGAUGUACAAAAAAAUAAGAAAGAAAAGCAGUAAUAUAACUAAUGUACAGUAUAUUUCAGACACACUCGCAGCCAGUAUAUGUUACUAUCUACAGAUUAACCGCGGUGUUUCUUUUUUAUGUUUUCAGAAUAUUUGCUAUUGCUCUUAGAUUCUGUUUAAGGAUGCACAGUAUCCAGCUAAUGUGAGCCAAAUGAAGGAUGUUUUCAUGUAGCAAGAAAGAGAAAAAAAAAAAGAACCAGUCCUUUUGCCAUUUGGCGUGGCCUCUGUGGUCGAAGAGAUUAUCUAGCACGGGAUGCAUGGAGUAGUCCUUCGUUUGGGUUGUGUUUUGUUUUUUGUUUUUACUCGGUGGAUGAUAGUUUUUGUAGAGUAUACACAGUACAAUGUGUGGUGAAUGUAGUAGUACUAUGAUACUGUAGUGCUAUGCACACCAUAGUCGUAUGUUUGAUAGUGAGUUUUAGAUUUACAAAGCUCAGAUCAGUUCCCUCCGGUUGUUCUCCUGUUUCCCUCAUGUUCAUUUGGCUGGAGGUGACGAUUGUACCGGCUCCGUUCAAAGCACAAGUCAUUUGUGUUAAAAGGCAAGAAUCUCCAGUUGUUAUCGUGUGGUCGAUGAAAAGAGGCGUCACACGAUGUCACUCGUGACAUUGAUUUAUUCAGUGGAUUUCUUGAUAUGAAUGAAUAUAAAUAGUUUGUCGAAUUUACUUCACAUCGUAGACUUUCGUUGCCAAAAAGAACAGUAUUUUUGUAGAAAGGUUUAGAAAGUCAUUUGGCGUCAGAAAGUUUUCGGGGAAAAAACGCACUGCUUUUAAAAAUGACACAUUUAAAAGUUACAUGGAUUUUAUCUUUAUUCUUGUUGAGGAAAGAUGGAAAUUGAUGUUUUGUUCCUACGGGAGAUAUUCACCCACCCUUCUUGUCUGGAAAUUCGAUCGUUGGGUGAUUCUAAACACUGUACAGUACUGUACAGUGUGUUUCAUCUGAUUUCAGGUAGCAGGAGAUUCCAGACCAAUCUCAUCAAGUCAAACUUAAACCUGAGAAGGUUCCACCAAGACAUCGUUUUCGAUUUCAGUCAGGACGAAUCAGUUGUACUGUACUUUGCACAAGUAGAAAAUCCCAAUAAUUUGACUCUGAUGCUUCUGGUUUGAGGGCUAUAAAACGUGAGACAGAUUAGAGAGAUUAGAAGUGCCUUUAGUCGUCGCGAGGCGCUCGUGUUUUUUCCUCCUUGCUGUCACUGGAGCGUUGCUCCACAAGAUGGUGCCAUCAUCACCACACAUGCUGUGCCCCACGGUUCUCACAUUUGCCGUUUGUCUAAAACUCGGGCGCAUCUGGCAAAUGAGCCUAGUUGUGUGUGUGUGUGUGUGUGUGUGUGUGUCUCUGUGUGUGUCUGUGUGUGUCUGUUUGAGUGUGUUAUAGAUAAGAGAGUGACAGAUUUUAGUUGUGUCUCUUUGUUGUUACAUCUAUAAUUGUUACAUAUUCGUUCUUUCUAUGGUGGAGGCUCCACAGCAGCUUGGUGCUUGCUCGCUCUCGUCUUGCACCCAAGCUAGCUCUCUUUGGUGUUUUUUUUUGUCGUUUUGUUUUUGUCGUCUGGUAUAUUUUUUUUGAAUAAAACUCAGAUAAGGUAGAAAUGUGAACCGUACAUAUCCGUGUCCCAGCCCAGUUGUUUGAAGCUCAUUUGAUAAGCUCUCCAAGUUAAUGCAUGCAGCAUUUUCUCAGUGUUUAGUAUCAGGAGUCAGUUCCACUGCUGACAGCUGACACAUCCAUUAUCCAGUUUGUUGGACCAACACUUUUGCGACUGCACUUUUUUUUUCUUUCUGUUCCACACACUCAGAGUCGUGUGUCAACAACCAUAAAGUCACAGACAGUGGCGAAGCUCAGUUGUAUUGGUGUUUUCAGUUGAUAGUUCUAAGGUCUUUCCACACAGUAUAUCAGGAGUGAGUGACAUUUUUUUCCUUUUACAAUAUCAGAUUAUACAGUGUACAAUAUAUGCUUUUUGUUUUUUUGCAGUCAUCAGCUGUCAUGUAAUUCUGAUGUUUUUGACUGAUUGUUUCACUAUAUGGACUGUAUAAACAUUUAUGCAAUUUCGUGUCUGCUUAGCAAAAUUGUCCAACUUAACAAGACAAAUAAUGGUUGGUUUAUCCAAAAAGUGGCGUAUACACUACAGAUAGUUUGAGUUUCCUCAGGUUUUGUCAUAUUAAUAUUUUCGAACUUCUUUCACCAGAAGAAAUCCUCUGAAGAAAAAUUGUCUGUGGAUUGUCCAGAGGAACCAAAACACUGUUAAAACAUUGACCACUUGAAAUUUGAUUUUAAAAAACCAACACAAAAAAAGUUUUUUUUCCCCUCCAUCGUACUGUACUGUAGGUUGCAACAGAGAUUGAAUAUCUGAAAACCUCAGAACAUGGAAGUGAAACAAAACGCACGGGAACAUACCAUUAGGAAAAAGUUUUAAAGGGCGACUUGGGGUAAAUCAGCCAUUUAAAACUGUGUGUAGGAACAUCCUGCCAAAGGUACUGUCAGCAGAUCGACUUGUUUAAGAGAAGUCCACGAACCCGGUGGUUCGGCCUCCGUUCGAGCAAUUUGCUCAUUUUCUUUUGGUUAUUUACGAGAAGAGAAGAGCUGAACAGUUUACUACAUCCCUUGUUAAGAUGAACAUUUUUGCAGAGAAUUUUUAAAAACCCUUUUAUCUGCCGUACACGCCAUGUUGGAGAGCUGGAAGCAAUGCAACUUCGGCAGCGAUGAAACUUGGUGGUGCAGUGUAACGGGCACAAAAACAGGCGGAAGACUUUAUUGUGAUUUGACUCGGAGGUGACUUUCGUUAAACGUGUCUCUGAAACUCGAAGCUGUCGCCCUACUAAACGCCUAUAUAUGCAUUUGUGUCCGAGCUGCGUAGAAAACACUUUUUCUAUAUAACGCGAUCGUUCGAGUAAACUAAAUAUUUUUUCAUCCGCUUUGGUACACUGUAAAUUAAAUAUUUCUCGAGACGGCCUCGGUACACAAAGCACAUCUUUUCGCCGACUACAAGGAACACGUAUACUCGGUGACUAUUGAGGUUCGAAGGAAGAAACACACUAGAGAAUAAAUAUUUUGAGAUAUAUUCUUAGAUAUCUAUAUUUUUGGAUUAUGUAACUGUUUCGGAGCGUGCUUGAAGCGAGCGAAUCGGAGAGAGGCUUCGGUGUGAACGCGAUCUUUAGACUUGCUCCACGGGUGCUUUGUAUUCGAGCAGUUAUUGAAAAGGCAAGCAUUUUUACUAAUCCGCAGCAGUGAGCUUCAUCGUGAUCAGCAACAAGCUUUGUGGUCCCAGUUGAUCCACAUACAUGUAAUCUAUUAAGCAUGAAUAUCAGGUGCAUUCAGGAGGAUGGAGCAAGCUCAUGUACAUGUGUUAAUAUUUACAGAGCUACGUCUAUAUGUUAAAUGCAGUCUUGGCUGCUUUGCAUUUAUUAAAUCUCGGAGAAGAGAUCUUGUUUUUUGUUUUUUGUUUUUUUCUUGAACGUGAGAAUCUGUUAAUGUCAUAUUGAAGACUCUGGUCUUUGUGAGCAGAGGCAGUGUUAAAAGUUGCACCACAAAAGAUGCACUUCGCAUGCGGCCGCAGAGAUCCACCGCAGAUCGGACGCUGAUGCUGUAAAACUGUACGAGUUACCACUGUAUCUUCCUUCGGUUGAUCUCUGUGGUCGCUGAAGUGGAGGUAAAAAAAGAAAAGAAAGAAAUCUGACGAGAGAACACGGUACAUGAUUCGGUUCACGGUCACUCCUUUGUGCAGGUCUUUGUACAUGGAACAAUGAUGGCAUUAGAAAGUGUGUUCUUUGAUGGUGCCUGAGUAUAAAUAUUUUUUAUUUGGCUUUUUAAAAAAGCAAAUAGAUUUGCCUGUCCAGGUGUUUGUUUGUUCGUUUGUUUGUUCAUAUCUGUUAAUGAUAACCUUACAGAGCCUAUAAAGAAAAAAUAAGCUAGCUUGAAUAUUUUUCCUCCAUGCAGAAAAAAAAAUACAAAUGUUUACAGUAUGUAAUUAACCAAAUGGUAAAUAUGCGUUUGAGAAUCAAUCUGUCCGUCCCUCAAAGUGGCUGUGACAGAUUGAUUUAUAUUUCUUUAUUUCCUCUGUCAUUUUAAACUUGAAAAUGUUACGAGUGCUUGUUCUGUUUUCCCUGUUUCCUCUUCCUUUUUCUUUUUUCACUUGUGAGAACAGUGCUCCCUCCAUUUCAAAAUAAUAACUCAACACGGUAGUUCCAACGAGAUUCAUUUGUCCACAAUCCGUUAUGCUUUCAUCAGUCUCUGUCAUCCUCCGCCUGCCGACUACUUCACCGUACACUGAGCCUUGUACGUGCAGAACUUGCAGCUUCUGCAGUUUGUAAUAUGUGGAGUGUGGUAGACGUGGCUCUCCCUGGUAAGGAAGGAUUUACAACAUAAAAAAAAAAACCACUACAUGGUCAACGACGUGCUUGUGGACAAAUCUUAGCACGUAAAAAAGUUUGGAAAAUUCAGGAAUUAAUUUCAAGAGGCAUCCUGUUCUCGAUUUUGCACUACACACCAAAUGAUACUCUAAUGCAAAGGCAAAUCCAUUGCUCUAUCGGUUGUCCGGUUGAGUUGUUCGACAAAAAAGAAGCCAUCCAACAUGGUCUCAGCUUGUGAUUUUCAUUUAGAAUUGGAUGAAAUUGAUGACACAAUCCCCUUUCUCCGCCGCGGUCGAGAUGGUGAAAGUUUUGCGGUUUGUUUGGCUAAAUGUGAUGUUGAUGUUUUUAUGUUGCACAGUAGUUCAUGUUCAUGUGAGCUGACUCCUGUGUUACACAGCAGCAACAACUAAAAACACGUAUCCACAUUUUUUUUUUAAACUCAUCACAAACAGCCACUGCUGUGUAUUGUUUCAGAUACACGCUUCUUAGUUAAUCGUGGUCUCUUUCUUUGGAAAAACAUGUGAGUGGAAAAGCAAAGGGGGUCGGGCCAAUCAAGUUACUCAACACACCAAAGUGCAAUUGAACUCGGAGGGAGCACUGUUGUUUCAGCCAGUAGGGGCCUGCUAGUUGUUGUGUGCCCGAUCCCUAUGCACGAAAAGAUGGUUAUUCUUCCCCUCUUCUCUUGUGAUAUCCUCCCUCCGUUGGUCUGUCUUAAUUCAGAUGCGACAUUUUCUUUCUUUCUGUCUCUCUCUCUCUCUCUCUCUCUCUCGUACAGCUUGCUUCAGAGAUGUUUGUCCUCAGACAGGUACUCUUUCAUCUGUGCUGUUCUUUCUUAAUGCUGAUGCAAUGAUUUUAAAAGACAAUAAAAGACAUAAAAUGGUG